UGCAAUAGAUGGAACCCUCGAUUGCAUCGACUGUCAACGGUGGUGAGACAUGCGCCAUGGAGACGGAGGACAUUCUGAAGGGUUUUGCAGAUGGCAGCAAGGAAGGGAAUUCAGCAGGAGGGAACAUCGCAGACUGUGCAGAGGUGCUUGCGACAAUAUAUGCACAGACUGCAGAGAUGAUGGGUGAUGGUGAUGAAACAGAGAAUGAUGCAGGAGGGAGCACUUGUGAGACGGAAAUGGCUGGGGAAGAGAGAGAGGAGGGAGGUCUGGGAAGCAGGGAAUCUCUGACAGGGUGUAUUGUGAAAGAUGAAAAUGUGGUGAAGACAUCAAUAGGAGAAGAGUACCCAUAUGACAUCAAUUGGGUGCCGGGUCGUGUUCAACCGGGUAUUGUUGGAGGAGCAUCCUGCUUUGCGUUCAAAGUCGAAGGGACAUGGGUUCCAUUUCCUGCCCCCAAAAAGAAUACAUGGCGAAACGUGACUCUGGCAAUCGUGUUUGACAGACUAUUAAGGUUGAACGACGGGGCAACAACAGAGGUGAAAGCACGAUAUGCAAUGGACGUGUGGCGUCUUCUGGAGGCGCAGGGCGAGUUCAGGCUGAACGAUUUUUUGUACGAUGGUUUUGAUUGCGGAAAGGCAUGGGUGAUUGGCGGGAACGACGCAACAGGGAGUACGACGUGCGACGAGGGCGAUGCGAGGAGAGAUCCUAGGUGGGGUUGGGUGCCAUGUGUGAUCCCGAUUCCAUGUGGCGGUGUGAGGAUGAUGAUGCGUGAUGCCAUGGAAAAUGUCUGGAGCACGCAUUAUGUGAAUGACAACUUCUCCUUCAGCCACCUCGACAGGGAGGUCUCAGAAGACGAGAAGAAGGCAAUGGCAUGUAAUACCCACAUUGCUGGCUGCUUUUUCCCGCCGCUUCGGAACCCUGUGGACUCGGAGGUGGUUGAAGGGAAAGUUUUCACUUGUGAGGAUGGCAGCACAUACACGCAUGCAAGAGGGCAGGAAGCCACGUACAAUGGAGUAUGCUCGCCGUUCUUGCAUCUCGUGCGCGAGGUUGUGGAGCGGGACAUUGCUCCGGGUAUGGGCGUGAGGUGUCAGAUGACGGUGGUGCGUGCUUUGAUGGAGGCUGCCGAGGUGUACCUGGUCGCCAAUUUCGAGAACACCAACGAGGUGGCCAUCCAUUCAAAGAGGGUGACGAUCCAGGUCAGGGACAUAAGACUGGUGGAUAGGUUGUCGAAGCCUCGCUGGGUUGAGAAAUAUCAAGGGAUGUGCGAAGAAGGAGACGUGGACAUGACAAUGCAGCAGACAGGGGGAACAUAUACACCUGCGAACUUGGGCAAGUUGCUGGGCACUGUCGCACGGAAUGGGGGAAUGCUGGUUGAUGGGUCGAAGGAGGAGUUGAAGAGUGGUGCUACAGAAAUAUUGGUGUUGUCCAGAAUGAAGGACAUUACACAAACACCGCCACAAAACUUUCAAGAUGUUUCUGUCAUUGUCGCAGAAGGUGUGGAAUAUAUUCUGCUGGAUCAAUUUGUGGACUUCAUGAAAAAGAGUGACGAUGACAGGAAUAUCAUCCAUGAGGCGUUGCACGAAAUGACAGAGUUUGCACUGCAGGGUCAAAAUCUGAUAGAAUUUGUGCCAGCAAUAACAGAAGACAACAUCAUAUACGGCAGACCGUUGUGGGGGGAGUUGUUAUCAGCUGCUUUGGAGCGGCUCGGUCUUGCAAGCUGCGAUGUUGAGAGACAAAGAGAAAAAGAAGAAGGGUGGAAGGUGAUGGCCACGGAAACAAAUUUAGCAAUCAUUCCAGACAACAGACAGACAUCAGCAGCACAAGAAUCAAUAACCAGUAUGGCAGUCGAUGUGCCUCUCAUGCAGACAGGAACGAGAGAGCAGCUAGUGUGUUGCGAUAUCUUCAAUGCUUUCACAAUGGAGAAAGAACAGUGUGAUCGUGGAUUUGAAGAGGCCGAUUUGCCAAGUUGUUGUGCAGAGUACACAAACAGUGCAGAAGAAGAAGAUGAAGAAGAGGAUGUCAUUGAGGGGGCAUCAUCUUCUGACGUGGAAGUGAGCGGCAGCGAUGUCAGCAGCGACGAGGAAGACGAGGAACAUGAUGUAUACUAUAAUUUGAAGGGUGCGGGUGGACAAGUGACAAAAGGGAGGGCACAUGCAAUUUUGAGGUUGGCACGUGCUUUUCCCGAUCCACACAAAGUGGUGCGUGUUGUGAUGAAGGGGGUAACACUAGAUGGUGCACUAUAGUAUGCCGCAGUGACCAGCAUAAUAAAACCAUGCAACAAGG